AUGAAUAAUCUAGAUGGUGGUGUAGAGUGCACUUUCAGUAAAUGUGCAGAUGACAUGGGACUGGGAGAAGCAGCUGACUCACCGGAGUGCCAUGCAGCAAUCCAGAGGAAUCUAGAAAGGAAGACUGACAGAAACCUCCUGAAGUUCAAUAAUAAGAAGAGCAGAGUGCUGCAUGUGGGCAGGGCAACCACCGAACACCAGGACAUGCUGGUGACACUGGAAGCCAUCCUGAAUUUUAAAUACUCUGGUGGACCAGGACACAUUGAAGGAUAUUACCGGAACCUUUCACUGGGUCUUCACGUAGAAGUAGAGCCUUCUGUUUUCUUUACACGUGUCAGCACCCUUCCAGCAACCAGCACCCGACAAUGUCAUCUACUUCUUGAUGUCUUCAAUUCAACAGAGCAUGAGUUGACCAUCAGUGCUCGGAACAACGAAGAUUUAAUUCUGCACGCUGGAGAAUGCCAGCGUAUGGCUAUUCAAGUUGACAAGUUCAAUUUUGAGAGCUUCCCAGAACCUCCUGCAGAUGGGACACAGUAUGCGAAUGCAAAGCAGCUGGAGGAAGAAAGACAGCAGGCAAAAGGUCUGGAAAUUAACAGCAAGCUGGAUAUUUGCUGGAAAAUUCCUUCCUUGAAGCGUGAAGGGGAAGCAAGCGUGGAAGGCGUUCUUAAUCAACUGGUCCUGGAGCAUCUACAGUUGGCUCCUCUCCAGUGGGGUGAGUAAUGUCAAAAUCAGUUG